GAGAAACAGAAAAGGACAGUGAAAGAUAGGAAGAUGCACUCCAAAGACUACAUCCGCAAAGUGCAAAGGACAACAGGAGAGAAGAGGAGGAACCCAAGACAAGAGCUGGAUCUUUAACUGGAUCACCCCGCAGAAGUAAGUGUGCCCAAAACACCUCGGAGGAAUUGCCACUUAAUUUCCAGAAGUUCAAAUCUUGGAGAAAAAAGUUUACCAGGCCGAUUGGAUGCUGCUUUUAAAAGGACACGUGGGUAAUUCACAUGCAUGUCAAGCAAGACGUUUUCAGUUCAUUUUGCCUGUUUAUAAAUCCAAGUCAUGAGUUAUGUUUCCGUGCUCUUCUGGUUCAAGUGCAGGACACUAAUCACAGAUGAUUUCGGGGGAUUGCAUGCAAUUUGAGUGUUUAAGAUGAUUUAAAAUCACUACCUAUGGAGCUCAGCAUCGAUCCGGGUCAGACUGCAAACGUCUCCGCCUCGUCGCCUUUGCUUAAACAGACUCACGCAGGCGGGUUUAAGAAAGUGUGUCGGAUCGAAGAGGAAAGCACGUGUCCGUUCCCCGGCCUGCCGGCAGGUGUGCUGGAAAUGAGGGUGAAGGAGGGCAGCAAGAUUCGCAAUCUCAUGGGUUUCGCAAUGGCGCGCAUGCAGAACGACGCCCGGAACGCCGGUCAAACCGGAUUGAGGCAGGUCGUGUUCACUGGGUCCGGACGGGCCGUGACCAAAACCAUCACGUGUGCCGAGAUCAUGAAAAGAAAGCUCGGUGGCCUCCAUCAGAUGACCAAACUGCAGUACAAGGGUCUGCGAGAGGUCUGGGAGAGCCAAGAGGGAGGCGAUUCUGAGGUGACCGUCCACCGGACGCUUCCGUCCAUCAGCAUCCUGCUCUCCAAAGACCCGCUGGACCCGCUGGAACCAGGCUACCAGCCUCCAGAGAACGGCUUGUGGGAUGAGAGGAACGGAGGAGAAGCUUCGCAGACGGCGGAGAAACGAUCUGUAGACUCGUCUGAGACUCUGACCGAGCCACAGGCGAAGAGAGUCUGUCUCUGAGGAUCAUUAAAGAUGAUCGUUUGCACCGAAACUCUCUUAGAAACAGCCUGACUGACUUGAAAGCUGAACAAUAAGAAGAUGUUAGUUCAUCACCAACUUACAAAUACACAUGCACAUCACUUGCAGUCUUGAUUUAGGAGUUUAAAUCCAGGUUUUGAGCAUGCAAUUUAAUUCUUAGAUAUAAUCAGACAACCGUUCCCUGGAAAUGCAUGAACUGAUUAAAAAAACCGGAAUGCAUAAAUGUAAUUUAAAGUGCAAUUUAAACAUUACUUAAAAAUACGACGAGCAAAAGUAUUUGUAUUUAUGUCUAAAGCUACUGGUUUUAGUGUGGAGCCAGUUUUCUGACCCAGAACCACAUUCUUUGGUCUGAUCCAUGCAAACGUCUCAUAUGGACAUCAAAGUGAAAUGGAGAUGAUCUCAGAUGCUUCAUAACAGGUCGUUCUGCUGGAAAGAUGCUGUGUUGUUUUAUUAAGAUGGAGUUUGAGAGCUGACCCAUGCUCAUAACCAACCCACAAAUAAACAUGCACAUCAAAGUCUUGAUUUAAGAGUUUAAAUCCAGGUUUUGAGCAUGCAAUUAAAUUCUUAGAUGUAAUCAGACGAGUAUUCCCUGGAAAUGCAUGAACUGAUUAAAAAACUGGAAUGCAGUUGGAAAAAUGCAUACAUUUGCUAAAUGCACAUAAGUGCAAUUUAAACAUUAUUUAAAAAUACGACUAGUAAAAAUAUUUGUAUUUAUGACUAAAACUACUGGUUUAGUGUGGUUCAGGUUUUAAUGUGGAGCCAACUUUCUGACCCAGAACCACAUUCUUUGGUGGAAACCAGUCCAAGGCUGCGUUUCCCAAAAGCAUCGUAAGCUUAAGUACUUCGUAGACCAAUUGAAACCAAUGGAGCCACGAUCAACUUAUGAUGCUUUCAUCUCAGAUAGGCUUCAAAGUCAGAUGGAGAUGAUUUCAGAUGCUUCACAAUAGGUUGUUCUGCUGGAAAGAUGCUGUGUUUUCUUAUUAGAGAGCUGAUAAAGAUCAUCUUAAGAUGGAGUUUGAGAGCUGACCCAGCUCAUAACCAACCCACAAAUAAACAUGCACAUCACAGUCUUGAUUUAGGAGUUUAAAUCCAGGUUUUGAGCAUGCUGUUUAAUUCUUAGCUAUAAUCAGACGAGCAUUCCCUGGAAAUGCAUGAACUGAUUAAAAAACUGGAAUGCUGUUGGUUUGCUAAAUGCAUAAAUCUAAUUUAAAGAGCAAUUUAAACAUUAUUUAAAAAAUACGACAAUCAAAAAUAUUUGUAUUUAUGUCUAAAACUACUGGUUAUAGUGUGGAGCCGAUUUUCUGACACAGAACCACAUUCUUUGGUGGAAACGGUCCAGAUCCAUGCAAACGUCUCAGAUGGACAUGCAAGUGAGAUGGAGGUGAUAUCAGAUGCUUCCUAAUGGCUCGAGCUGCUGGAAAGAUGUUUUAUUAGAGAGCCGAUAAAGAUCAUGUUAAGAUGGAGUUUGAGAGCUGACCCAGCUCAUAACCAACCCACAAAUAAACAUGCACAUCACAGUCUUGAUUUGAGUUUCAAUCUUGAUUUUGAGCAUGCAGCAUCACUAGUUUAAUUCAGUGUCUUCAAUAUAAUCAGACAUGCAUUUCCAGGGAAUGCAUGAGCUGACUAAAAACCGGAAUGCAGUUGGAUAAAUGCAUUCAUUUGCUAAAUGCAUAAAUGUAAUGUAAAUGCAAUUUAAGCAUUAUUUAAAUAUAUGACAAGUAAAAUUAAAUGCGAUCAAUAUUCAUGUAUGACUAAAAUACUGCUGCGGAGACCAGCAGGUUUUAAUGUGGAGCCAAUUUUCUGUCCUAAAACCUUUUUCUUUGGUGAAAUCUGGUCCAGAUUAAGCAUGCAAACAUCUCAGAUGGAUGUCAAAGUGAUUUCAUAUGCUUCAUAACAGCUUCAUGCUGUGUUGUUUUAUUAAAGAUGUGAUAAAGAUCAUGCUAAGAUAGAGUUUGAGAGCUGAACAUUUAGAAAUGUUUAUAACCAACCCACAAAUAAGCAUGCACAUCACAGUCUUGAUUUGAGGUUAAAUCUUGAUUUUGAGCAUGCAGCAUCACUAAUUUAAUUCAGUGACUUUGAUAUAAUCAGACAUGCAUUUCCAGGGAAUGCAUGAACCAAUAAAAAAAGGAUGAAAAAUAUGGAUAAAUGCAAAUGCAAAAAUGUCAUUGAAACAAUAUAACAGGUCAAAUUUAAGGCAAUCAAUUCAUGUAUAUUAUAUAUCUAUGAAUAAAAUAGAAAACUGAUGUUACUGGUUCCCCCAGACCAAUCUCUUUCUCUUAGUAGAACUGAUCUAGAAGCAUGCAAACAUCUCAGAUGGAUGUUGAAGUGAGAUGAUUUCACACGCUUCAUAAUGUCUCGUGCUUCUGGAAAGAUGUUGUGUUGUUUUAUUAGAGAGCCUGUAAAAACCUUGUUAAGAUGCAGUUUGAGAUAGAAGUGUUUUUCUGUUUUCAUUGUAUUAUUUCUUACCUCAGCAAAACCAAACGCAGCAGCAUGCAGCUCAAGCAGACUGACAGUUCUUCAGAGCUUCAGCGUGCAGCUUCUGUGCAAAUAAAGCAUUUGCUCCUCAUGCUUUCUCUGUGGUUUUAACCGCACAGAAAGUGCCACCGUGAGCAACUUUACUGUGACGAGUUGAAGCGCUUUCAUCCGGACAAAACGUUCCUGUUCCAAUAGAGCGGCACGUCGUAUUACAGCGCCGGAUUCUGAUAAAUGUCUUUUGAGGGAUUUAUUUGAGGGACGGUUGAUUUAAUUACAUUCACCCUGAUAAGCUUCUACCUGCAGACUGAACUAACCUGCACGCCGCUUCUUUGACUCGAUUACAUAAUGUCACCAUCAUAAUGCUCGAUUGCAUCUCUGAGAUGAAUAAUCUUCUGGAAAAGCAAACAUCUAGUCUGGCAGAAUGUUUGUGGGGAAAAAAGCAAUUUCCAUCUUAAGAAGUAGAAAAACGUUUCUUGACAGGCAGAGCAUUUUCAGUAAACAUCACUCAGAGGUCUGUGGUCCUCAUGCAUGCUUUAAAAAUGGGAAUAUGAUUUUUUCCAAGUCAACAUGAAAGUGAUUUAUUCACAUCUGUCUUUUGAAAUCUUUCAUUAAAAUCAACUGCAGCAUGCGAAAUGGUGCCGUCGGUCAAAUUUCUGGCAACCUUUCCAAUCAAUGUUCUGUUGGAAAUGCAUCAUAAUUAAUAAUUAAAAACUAAUGUUGAAUUCAUUCAGAAUCACAGAUUAUGGUGGAAUUUCUAGGUCUUGAGUUUUCACAAAACAAGACUUAAUA